AUGUCCUACAAUUCUAUUGAUGAGAACUCACCGACUGUUUGUGUAUCGAAUAUGCUGGAGUUUCUUGACCUAUCGGGUAACCGUAUCAAGCUGUUCCCUUCACGACUGUUUCCGAAUUCAACGGCCACAAUGGUACAUCUCCACCUGGAAAAGAAUAUGAUUGCGGAUUUGAAGCCGUUCGAACUGAUGAAUUUUACUCGCCUUCAAACGCUGAAUCUGGUCUCAAACCGCCUCGAACGACUUCAAGAUGACGUCUUCGCUGCGCUUCCAUGA